AUGGCGAGCAAUUUGCCGGGCCAGAGACUUGUUCGCGCAGCAAGCUGUACUCUCUACGACAUCCAGGCCAAGGAUACCUGCCGGUCCAUAAGCCAGGCACACGAUGUGAGCUAUGCUCAAAUCAUCUCAUGGAAUCCUGAGCUCGACUCUUCCUGCUCAAAACUUGCCAAUCUUACCAGUCUCUGCAUCACCAACCCUUCCGGGGGCGGAUUUGCUAUGCCGAGCAAUGACCGGGGGGUAACAACCACUGUAGCCACAACCACGUCCCCAGUCCCAUCUCCCACGGCCCCCGACUCCAAUGCUAGGGGCGGAGAGUGGCACUUUGUCGAGAAGGAUGAAUCCUGCUCAACGAUCACGGAGAAAUACCAUAUUGGGUUGAAGGACUUUGUUAACACGUUCUACACCCUUUUUCUGAACCCCCAGCUCUGGACAAAUUGCACGAACCUUUGGGCUGAUACGUAUUAUUGUAGUGAAGCAGUGGGCAGCAUCACAACGUACCCGGGGUACCUGCCUACCACGACGGACAUUCCGUUCGUCCCGGUCGAAGCGACAUCUUUGCCUUGGGUUCCGGAUGUGUUGGAAAAUUAUACGUCGACGGAGCCUAUCAUCCCCAUAGCAAACGGCACCCGCAAAGACUGCUAUGAUUAUAUGUGGCUCGACAAUAUCACGGAUACUUUGAUUGCCGACUGUUGGGCCAUGGCGAUGGUUUUUGACACCACUGGUGAGGAGUUUAUUCUCUGGAACCCUUCUCUUGAGAAUGAAGACACGACGGUGUCGACAACCGUAACCGUUGUAGCUGGCGUGACCUCGACGUUGACAAACAAUCCAUACGCAUAUCCUUGCACCUUGUCUGAGAGUAUCUCGUACUGCGUCCAGCUAUCGUCCCCUACUCCCCGUAAGUACGUCAUAUCUCCCAACGUGACCAUUCCCACCCCCAGGGCUGCCGGGGAGACCCCGGACUGUACGCAAUGGGACCUAGCCGAGUCUUACAGCACUUGCGACGACUUCGUGGAAAUGUUCUGGCUCACGAAUGCCGAAUUUUACGAAAUGAACCCUUCAACGGGAGAAGACUGUGAUGGGCUUGUCCCGGGCACUUAUUACUGUGUUUCCACUCUUCCCGGCGGUGCCAUUGAGCCCGACGAUCCUCUGGAGGAAACUACCAGUCAGUCCGGCACCGUGACAAGCACAAGCAAGACUGUGACCAGUACGGCGACGUCGGGUCACAUUUCUACUCCGUCUCCGAUUCAGACCGGCAUGGUCAAGAACUGCAACCUCUUCUACAAGGUCGUAGCCGACGACGGCUGCUAUGACAUCGCCCAGGCCCAGCACAUCGCCCUUGACGACCUUUACGCCUGGAACCCGGCGGUCGGGACCUCCUGCGAAGGCCUCCAAGCCAACGUAUACAUUUGUGUGGGCGUAGCCGCCACGGCCACCACCACAACCACGGCCACCAAAACUACAGGUACGGGCAGCGGAACAGUGGUGACCCCGACGCCCACACAGACGGGCAUAGUGGAUGACUGCCGCUCGUUUUACCUGGUUGUGGCGGAUGACACGUGUUACGAUAUAGCGCAGCAGCACGGCAUCUUGCUGGAUUCCUUCUAUGCGUGGAACCCGGCGGUGAAGACGGAUUGUUCUGGGCUGCAGGCGAAGGUGUAUGUUUGUAUCGGGUUAUAG